AGUACACCGCGAGCGUGACUCUGGAAUCAUCUUUUACUGUGAGACGAAGGCGGAAGAGGGACUGUGAUAAUUAUACGAAAAAUAACUUCAUUAAGUUGAAUUUAAAUGGCGGAGGAAAGUAAAAAAGUUCAACUAAAUGUCGAAGAAUCUGCUAUAAACCUAAGCACUGAUUACUCAGAGAUUGAAGACAAAGAUGAGGUAUCACCUCUGAAUGAAUCCAGUCCACUGAUCCAUCCUGUAAAUAGCGAGGAACAUGAAAGAACAGGAACUGUGUUCUCAUCAAUAUUCACUCUUGUUUCAACCAUGGUUGGAGGGGGAAUUCUUUCAUUACCAUUUGCAUUUCAAGAAGGAGGUUUUAUCAUGACAUCUAUAAUCUUAUUCUGUGUUCUUAUGGCAUCCACUCAUGGGGCAUUUCUCGUCAUAAACAGUAAGAGAUACUGUCAAGGGAAAAUAACAAAUAUUGAAGAUGUUGCUAAUAUUGCUUUUGGAAAUAAGGGAAAGAUUCUUACUCAAAUGGUCAUUAUUGUAACACUGUUUUUAUGUUCAGUUGCAUACUGGAUUCUGAUCACAGACCAGAUUGAACCAAUAAUUGUUCUGCUAUGUGGCCAUAAUUCCAUCUGGUCAAAAAAGAUUGUUAUAUUGACUAUACCAACAGUGGUCAUCUUUCCAAUCACUCUGCUAAAAAGUAUGAGUGCCUUAAGGUUUACCUCAGUUUUAAGCGUCAUAUGUGUAGUUUUUCUUUCCGGAGUCGUGAUUUUCAAGUCAAUCAUAAACGACGUUGGAGGGCCGGUCGAUAGUCCUAAAAACCCACUGCGAUGGUGGCCAGAUAACUUUGGCGGGCUUCUCACAGCUAUCUCCAUCGCUGGCCUCACUUUUUCAUGUCAUUUCAACAUCCUACCCAUGCAUGGAGAGCUGCGAUAUCAAACUCGUGCAAACAAGAGAAUUAUUUUGUAUACAGCCAUGGGGAUCACUUAUACUCUCAACGUUCUUGUUAGUUUCUUUGGAUUUUUUCAGUUCAGACAGUUUACUGACCAGGACAUCACAAGAAAUUAUCCGCAUGAUGAUUUCCUCGUCAAUGUAGGACGUGUGGCUUUAGCGCUAACACUUCUACUAAGUUUUCCACUGCUUAUCUUCCCUUGCAGAAACGUUAUUAACCGGUUAAUUUGGCGGAUAGAGUCCAAAACUCUUUUCCAGUCCCAGCCGUCUAUGACGACUCGCUCAUGGGAGUACUUUAGCAACGCUACAGGUACAGGUCCUUCUCAGUUAAUGUGGCUCAUAGAGACUGGGCUCCUUGUCUUCAUUGGUUACAUUUUGGCGUAUUACAUUCCUCAAGUUGCCAUGGUUUGGGGAUUCGUCGGUGCAAUUGGGACCACCAUUUUAAUCUACAUCCUUCCGCCAGCGUUUUACCUGCGCGUGCGCCUUCACCCACCUCGACCAGACCUUAAACAGAUAGCGGCGUGGGGCCUAAUGUUAACAGGAUUUGCUGUGCUUGUCGUAUGCACCUAUCAAUCAUUUGCAAACGUUAUCGAUCCUAUUCCAAAAUUGGUGCGGCCGCAUGACCUUAGCAACCAAACAACAUCUGGAUAAACAUCCACGUGUUUUUGCCGCAAAAGACACCAGAAGUAUCCCUGCUUUAGUAUUGCGCGACAGCCUGAAAAUGUCACGAGAAGAACUACAACGACAAGCGACUGAGAGACGUCAUCUACAGCUUCAUGUUAAGUGGCUGAAGGAUACUUUUUGAUCGUAAGAGAACGUAGAAAAUCAUGAACGAAAUUUUCCUUAUUCAGUCUUCAACUCCAUGAAUUAAUACUUUACGAUGGGAACAUGGUAACACGCGCAUUGAAAAUUUAAUUUAAAGCAUUUUCAAUUGAGUGUCGAAAGUAAUCUGGGACAGCUUUGUGUUUGCUUUACUUCGCUCUGUGAUUGGUCCAGAAAACUCGCGACACUAGCUAAACCAAUCAGAUUCGAACUAAAACCAAUCACGACUUGGUCACCCGCGUUUCCCAGCGCUUUAGACAGUUUGGUGGUGUAUUUAUUUGGGUUCUCAUUGGCUCUAAAAGGUAUUUUACUUUCCUCUGAUUGGCUACUGUGAUUGCGUUGGUUUUGGUUUUAUGACACUCAAUCGAAUAGCUUUCUAUUUUAUUUAAAUAUUUAAAUUUAUCCAAA